AUGGAAGUAGUACGAAAGAAUUUUAAGGAUGUAUUACCUCAAGUAAGUGAAUCUAUAGAAAAAGCUGACUAUAUAGCUAUUGAUGCUGAGUUUACGGGACUUAUAAAUGGUCGGGACGUGUCGGUGUUCGACUUACCCGAGGAUUAUUUUACUCGUCUCUUGGCUGGAUGCAGUGAAUUUAUGUUGAUACAGUUUGGAUUGUGUGCCUUUUACUGGGACGAGAAGAGGCAGCAUUACAUGAACGAUGCAUAUAAUUUUUAUUUAUUCCCGCGUGGGCGGCCCGCUCCGGAAAGAAUGUUCCUUUGUCAGAGUUCUAGCUUAGAUUUUCUAGCCUCUAAUGGAUUCGACUUCAACAAGUUAAUAAAAGAAGGUAUUUCAUACAUGACAGAGUCAACAGAGAGCAGGCUUAGAGAUAAUUUGACUGAAAGACAAAUUAGUUAUUCAAAUAAGAAAGAUCCUCUCAGAAUUCCCGAUGAAAACAAACAACAAAUUGAAGAUAUUUGCAAGAAGGUUAAAGCCUUCAUCGAUGACAAAACAUCGGAUGAGAUGGAGAUAGAUAGAGUCAAUGCAUUUAUAAGACUGUUACUUUUCCAAGAGUUGAGGGGGCGCUUCAAUGAUGAAAUACUUGUCGACACCAAAAUUUUAGACAACAAGAACAGAGUCUUGAAAAUUACAAGGCGAAAACCAGAUAUGGAGAUGGAGGACCACGAUGCCGUUAGGAAAAGGAGGGAAUGGGAUGAGUUAGAAGAUGCAGUGGGCUUUUCUAGAGUAGCACGCAUGAUAAGUGACUCUGAGAAGCUUGUGAUCGGUCACAACAUGCUGCUAGACGUAAUACACACGUUAAAUCACUUCUUUCAACCGCUAACUGCUGAUUACAAUUCUUUCAAAGAGUUCGCACACUGUAUGUUCCCCAAGUUAAUAGAUACAAAAUAUAUGUCAAGUUUGCCACCGUUCAAAGACAAGUUGAAUUCAAGUGUGCUACAAGAGCUAAUGGCUACCCUAGCAGAACCGCCGUUCACAAUACCCAAAGUCGGUAGUCGCGAGGGUCGAGGCUAUUGCCGGCGAGACGACAAGGUGCACGAGGCUGGGUACGACGCGUAUAUCACAGGCCUGUGUUUCCUGGGCAUGCACGAGCAUUUACAGCGCAUGCGCGGGGAGAAAGGAUCGAGGGUCGUGCCGAGCUCCGCCACCGUCAAGCCCUUCUUAAACAAACUGUUUCUGGCCAAAACUGCGCGGCAGGAUUCGCCUUACAUCAAUCUAACUGGUCCAGAUCCCUCGCCAUCAAGAGAUCACGUGUUUCACCUCGCGUUUCCUCGAGAAUGGCAACGAAAUGAAAUUAAUCAAUUAUUCAGCCCGUUUGGAGGGGUAUUAGUGCAAUUCCUGGACGACACAAGUGCUCUAGUGGCGCUAGAUAGGAGGGAUCAAGCGAGCGAUGUGAUGCGCGUGCUCUCACGGCACUCUCGCAUCACUCUCACACCAUAUCAACACUACAAGAAAUCGUUGCAGCGCGUGGAGACCCCGCGAGCAGACCCGUACAGACUGACGAACGCAACUGAUACAAAACCACGUCCAGUGUCAAGUAACGUGUCCUCGCCUCGCUCUGCGCAGCAGUUGCCAGUGAAAGUAAGCCGACCACGCUCAAACAGCACGUCGAUGGCGGCGCCAACGCUGUCCUCGCCGCCUGCUAGGAAGAGAACUUCCUCUGGAGUAUUUGAGGUCGACGAAACAGAACCCGUGCCAAAGAAGACCGAGCUAACCCGAUCUCUAUCUGACAGCCCAAGAAAGAAGUCCGAAGCUGUCGCGAAUGGCUGCCAGAAAACCACCGAUAGGGAAAAAAGCGAGAAGAAAGAACAAGUCAUGGAAAAGAAAGAUCAGGUCAUGGUAAAGAAAGAACAGGUCAUGGAAAAGAAAGAACAGGUCAUGGAAAAGAAAGAGAGCAACAAAGAGAAGAAGAAAUCAAAAGUAGCGGACAAGUUUGAUAGUGAAGCCAAAUCGAACUGCGUGACAGCUUUUAAAGAAAGCGAAAGUUGGGAUUAA